AUGCUAUUAGUCGCAACACUUCUCAUCGUUCUUGGUACUAGUGUCUAUGGUCAAAUUCAAAUUACAAUUCGUACUAAUGGAAAAUUGUGUAGCGAAUGGAUAGUGAGAACUGGUUCUGAGAUGGAACUGCAAUAUACAGCAAAUGAAGAAUGUGGCGGAGACGUUGCAGCGGAGGUGCUCGAUGCGAUAGUUCGUAUCUGUUGUCCAGCAAAGGCUACAACUACCUUUCCUCAGGAAUGUGGUAAGCAAAAAUAUAACCCAUUGAGACAAGGUAUUGUAGGAGGAACAGAGGCUCAGCGAAAUUCAUGGCCAUGGCUAGUGCGUAUAAGUGAAAAUGGUGAUCACAUCUGUGGUGGAACUCUAAUUGAUACAAGACAUGUUGUAACAGCGGCUCACUGUAUUACAAUACCAAUUGUUACACAAACUUAUAGGGUCCAUGCCGGUUCGCAUAAUAUCAAUCAACCAGCCAGUGAUGAACAGGAGAUUGUUCCAGAACGAAUUUUUAUCCAUGAACAGUACAAUAAAGCGACACUCGAAAAUGAUAUUGCUAUUAUUCGUCUUUCAAGACCAGUGACAAUUUCAGACAAGAUCAAUAUUAUCUGUUUACCAGGUCCUGAAGUACAAAAUAAGGAUGAAACAGUUUGGGUUGUUGGUUGGGGUCAUACAUCAUUUAACGGUCAAAUAAGUCUAGUUUUGAAACAAGCAGCAUUGCAUACAAUGCCAGGAAAUUGUGAAAGAGUCUGGGCACAUGUGAAUUAUAAUAAUGAAAAACAAAUGUGUGUUGGUAUUGACGGUGGAGGAAAGGGUUCAUGUCAAGGUGAUUCAGGAGGACCAUUGAUGUACGAAUUAAGUACAAAAUGGUAUCUGAACGGUGUUGUUAGUUAUAGCCAUGAAUGUGCUCUAGAUGGAUAUCCUACUGUUUAUACUCGUGUUAAGUAUUUUCUUCCAUGGAUCGGAAGCAAAACGAGUGCACCUUAG